AUGGCGACCAAGCACGUCUUUGACAGCUCUCAAGGGCUUGUAGACCGCAACCUGCGAGGUACUGUUGCGCUCAACCCUGCUCUGCGAUACUACGCUCCUCACAAGGUCGUCUUUGACCCCACGCACGACAACAAGAAGGUAGCCGUCAUCUCCGGAGGCGGUGCCGGUCACGAGCCUGCUCAGGCUGGUUUUGUCGGCAAGGGCAUGCUCGCCGCCUGCAUUUCCGGUGACGUUUUUGCUUCUCCCUCGGCGGCUCAGAUCUGCUCUGGUAUCGACCUCAUCAAUCACGAUGCCGGCGUGGUGAUGGUUGUGAACAACUACACAGGUGAUUGCCUCCACUUUGGUCUUGCUGCUGAAAAGGCGCGCGCUGCGAUGGCCUACUCUGGCAAGCAGGGCGGUGGCGUCGAAGCUGUGAUUGUCGCUGAUGACGUUGCCGUCGGCCGAAAGCGCGGUGGUCUCGUCGGCCGACGAGGUCUCGCUGGCAACAUCUUUACCUGCAAGAUUCUCGGUGCUGGUUCGGACAAAGGUCUGGACGUCAAGCGACUCGGCGAGCUCGGUCGUAACCUGAUGGAUAACAUGGUUUCGAUCGGCACUUCGCUUGACCACUGCCACGUCCCCGGACGACCCAAGGGGGCGGAGGAGCGUGGUGCUCUGGCCGAAGAGGCCGCCGAGCUCGGCAUGGGUAUCCACAACGAGCCUGGUUUCAAGCACAUGGACAAGAAGCCCGAACCCGAGGCUCUCAUCGGCGAGAUGCUCGACCUGCUACUCAACCCGGACGACGCCGACCGUGCCUACACUCCCUUUGACAAGGACGACGCGCCUGUUCUGUUCAUCAACAACCUCGGUGGCAUGAGCCAGCUCGAGAUGAACGCCAUCACCGAUCUCACCAUCGAGCUGCUCGAGAGCAAGUGGAGCCUGCACCCUUGCCGCGUGCUCAGCGGUCCGUACAUGACCUCGCUCAAUGCCCCGGGCUUUGGCAUCUCGCUCAUCAACCAAAAGCGUUUCGAAAAGAACACGGGCCAGAGCCUGCUCGAGCUGCUCGACUACCCCACCACCGCCUACUCGUGGCUGGGUGUGCAGACCGGCUGGGGUGGCUCGCACGGCCAUCCACGCGACCGCAAGGCCGAGGAGAAGGAAGCCGACGACCACCUCCAAUCGGUUCGCAAGGCCGGUGGAUCGGUCAGCGGACUGGCCGACCCUGGCGCGUCGUCCAACGGUCCUGCCAACCCAGAUCCGGAGCUGGUCAAGAAGGCCAUUAUCGCUGCAUGCGACGCCACGGUCGAGAUCGAGCCUACGCUGACGCGCUACGACACGAUUGUCGGUGACGGCGACUGCGGUGAGACGCUGGCUCAGGCUGGUAACGAGGUCAAGAAGGCGCUCCAGAAAGGCGAGAUCCCCGUCGACAAUGCGGCCGGUACGCUGAUCGCCAUUGGCGAGGUGCUCGAGUACGCCAUGGGUGGUACUUCGGGUGCCAUCUAUGCGCUCUUCUUUGCUGGCCUGGUGCAGUCGCUUCUGUCGCAGCCCAAGGGAGCGCAGGCCGACUCCAAGGUGUGGGGCAAGGCGGCUCUGGAUGCGCUCGAGAACCUGGGACGUUACACCCCUGCUCGUCCUGGCGACCGAACGCUGGUGGAUGCGCUGGACCCCUUCUGCCGCGCCUUAGGUGCUGGCAAGUCGAUCACUGAAGCGGUGGACGCCUCCAAGGUCGGUGCCGAGAAGACGCAGGCGAUGACUCCGCGUCUGGGGCGUGCAACGUACGUGGGCAGCAAGGACCAGGGCGAGAUGCCUCCUGACCCGGGCGCAUGGGGUAUCUGGGCGCUCACCGACGGUCUUCGAAAGGGUCUGAGCCAGUAA